AUGAAGUUCUUCGAUAGUUUGAACCAUAACGAAGCGAGAAAACGUGAAGUGCUUUCCGCAGCCGCGGCUGCAGGAAUAUCUGUCGCAUUCGGUGCACCCAUUGGAGGUGUUUUAUUCAGUCUCGAGCAAUUGUCGUAUUACUUUCCCGAUAAAACCAUGUGGCAGAGUUUUGUCUGUGCGAUGGUUGCUGCUAUGACUCUUCAAGCGCUUAACCCAUUUCGAACAGGAAAUAUUGUGCUCUACGAAGUGAAGUAUACACGUGGAUGGCAUCGCUUCGAAAUAAUCCCUUUCAUCCUCCUUGGUAUCCUUGGUGGUCUGUAUGGAGCAUUUCUGAUCCGCUUGAACAUGAAAGUCGCGAAAUGGCGACGAUCCCGAACUUGGUCUCGCCCAAUAUUAGAAGUUACGGUCAUUGCUCUUCUAUCUGCUCUGAUCAACUUUCCGAAUAUCUUCAUGAGAGCCCAGAAUUCUGAGCUUGUCCACUCACUGUUUGCCGAAUGUAGCACGGGAUCCGAUGAUUUGUUCGGUCUUUGCAAGACUGGUGCUGCAUCUGCUGGUACAAUAACCCUUUUGCUUAUGGCCGCACUUCUUGGCUUCUUCCUUGCCUCGUUUACGUUUGGGUUGGACAUACCUGCUGGUAUUAUUCUUCCUUCCGUUGCCAUUGGUGCCUUGUACGGCCGCGCAUUUGGAACGAUGUUUAAGAUGUGGCAAAAUGCCUACCCAAAUUUUUUCCUCUUCAACAGCUGCGAGCCAGAUAUUCCUUGUGUGACACCAGGAAUAUAUGCAAUCGUUGGAGCGGCUUCGGCUCUAGGUGGCGCCACGCGGAUGACGGUAUCAAUUGUUGUGAUCAUGUUCGAGCUCACAGGUGCCUUGACAUAUGUCAUACCUAUUAUGAUUGCGGUUAUGUUGUCCAAAUGGUGCGGUGACAUCUUCGGCAAACGUGGCAUCUACGAGUCUUGGAUCCAUCUCAAGGAAUACCCCUUCCUUGACCAUCGUGACGACACUACUUCCCCUGAUUUACCUGCUCAUAGAGUGAUGACAAAGGCCGAGGACCUCACGGUCAUCGUUGCCAAUGGACAUACUAUUGAUAGCCUCCGCAACCUUCUCAUGGCCACCUCAUAUCGGGGAUUCCCUGUCGUUACCGAUUCUUCGAAUCCUCUUCUUCUGGGAUAUAUCUCACGCAACGAACUAUCUUAUGCAUUGAAAUAUUCCUCAUCUCAUGCGGAUCGUGAUUUGCCGGGCUCGACGCAGGUCUUCUUCGCCCAUCAGCCGUUUGCAGACCCUAGUGAAACUCUCGACCUUCGGCCCUGGAUGGAUCAAACGCCAAUUACACUUAACAGUGGGACGACUUUCUUGAUAGUACGACGCAUGUUUCAGAGAUUGGGCCUCCGCUAUGUCCUCUUUGCAAACAAGGGCGUCCUUCAAGGCCUACUCACUAAGAAGGACGUUUGGUCUAUCAUUGACGGUGCAGAAUCCCGCAAGGAUAAAGGCCUAGACACUGGUUCGUUGAGACAGAGAAAUACGGCCGAGGAGGUAGGUCUUCUUGAAAGUGAUGACGGAACAAGUUUUGCCAGUUCCCUGGAUAGACGUCCUUCAAUUUGA